AUGUCGAACAAGAGUGUUCGGGAGGACAUCAAGUCUUUCGUGCACGGUGAGAUCAGCAGGGUCCGGAUGUGGCAGAACAAGGACGCCGAUUUUCUCGCCGAGGUGGAGGACAAGCUUGUACAAGAGGCGCGCGGCAUAGAGAACGAGAACAUUCGGACAGCUCUCAAAUCUCUGCCGCCGGACAUUUUCGCUACUUACGAGCGUAUCCUGACCGACAUUCCCGAAAGAGACCAAGAGUUCGCUCGAACGGCGUUAGCAUUGAUCUGUAGCAAUACUGCGGAAAUCCUCGUGUCAUCAGGGCUCUACAAUGUCCCUUAUGGUGACAUAUCUGCCUACACUGUCGAGACGCUUCGAGAUAUAUGCGGUUGCUUGAUCACGCUGUCGGAGCGACGAAACGCACACCCGUCAUGCUUCACUCGCGACCACGAGACCAGAUUCCACCAAGUCAAAUUGGCUCAUUACACAGUGAAGGAAUAUCUAUUCGAUCCCACUACGGCCCAGGGGCCGGCUAAAUUCUUUGCCUUGUCACAGGACAUUGUCCGCAACAUUGACUUGACGGUCAUCUUCAACGGCCUCGGUCACUUGGAACUGUUCCGCCGGGACGGUGGCAAGUGCCUAGUCAGCCGCUACGGAGAGUACUGCUUGAAGAUGACGGAGAAUGCAGUGAUGACCCGACGUACUCAUAUUAUUCGCAACGAGGAACUGCGCAAGGAGACUGGCGUCCUGGCCAAUCUUGCUCUUCUGAACCGGCUUGGUCUGGCAGAGAAGUAUACUGAGACUUCUGCAUUCAAGGAGCUGCGACGGACCGAGACGACCAGAAUCUGGACACAGGAUUUCAAGCUGAAGGGCAAAAAUGCGGAGACUCUUCUAGGUUUCUGCGUGCGUCGACGACAGCAAAAGUCUCUGCAGCUCUUCAUUCGUGGUGGAGCCACCUUCAACCGUGAGAACGAGAUUCUACACCUUGCAAUGCACAUGCUCUACGAAAACGAUACCAACGGAAGCAGGACUCACCAGCUCCUGAAGGAUCUACUCGGGGCCUGCGCCAACCCCAACCCCAAGCCACGCACGGUCAAUGGACGACCAUCACCUCCUGAGAAGUCCCGAGGUGGUAUCACUGGGUUUGGCUUCACGCCGCUGCAGAUUGCCGUCAGCAACCUUGAGGAGGACUGGGUUGAGACCCUUCUAGAAGAAGGUGCAGACGCUAAUGGAACGGGCAUGCCGAAGGGGGCGUUACCUUCUGGUUGGGAUGAAGACGCAAAACCUGAGAAAGACCUCCCAAAACUCCGCAAAAUGAGCCUGCUGACGCCCCUGGAGAUAUGCGCCACAACUGUCCCUCCUUGGGGUGACGGAGGUGACCUGGUGAAUAUUACCAGACGUGACAUCGAGAAGCUUCUGAAGCGGUAUGGAGCCAGGGAUGCUGCCGAAGUAGAGGAAGAGAACGACCAGUCUGUUGUUGACAAGAUGGUCGUUGACCUGAUUGAUGACGUCGACGAGACACCUGCCCAGGAGAGCCCCAGCACGAGCUCGAUGGCUACGCAGGUGGCGAGUCCCCGGACCUGGAGAAACGAUUAUGAGACUGAGGAUUACAACAUGUAG